CCUGACAGUGGAGAGAACAAGGUUAGUAACCACGGAGUCCAAAAACACUGGCUGAAAUUUCGAAAAUGAUAAUUACAUAUACAUAGGAGCAGAGCAGCUACAGCACAUGGGAUUUGGAGUCUAAAAGGGAAACCUCAAGAAGAAAUAUUACAUUUAACAAACAUAAAGUAAACUGCAACCAGUACACAGGGUAAAAAUGUCAACCAACUCACACAGAGGUGAAGUAUCCAAGUCCAAAAUGCCUCAAGAUGUUUUCUCACUGCUACUGAUCCUACUGCUGUGCCUAUCUGUGUUUGGGGCAUCCCACGCCUGCCUGCAGGACCCUGCUUCAGCAUACAGAUUCACCGGAGCUGUUUGUCGCCUCACCUACCCUGCAGCUCUUGUAUUGAAUGAGAAAACCACUAAAGUGAUUGAGGCAGCGUUUCAACAUGCCAGAUACCCCAGUAUGAAGGGAGAGAAAUCCCUGAGAUUUAUAGGCACAGUCAUGUAUGGCCUGGACAAUUUGGAGAUUCACAACCUGUCGAUUGGUCGGAGCGCAUUUCAACUACGUCCAGGUGAAGGCAUUGCUUUGGAAAUAAGCAAUGUGUCCGCAGUCUUCAGAGGGAACAUCCAGUAUGGAUACGGCAGCUGGCUUGUCAGCGUUGCACAAUCAACUGACUUUGAAAUUGAAUCUCAGAUUGAUCUUGGGAUCAACCCCAGACUUUACUGUGGAGAAGGGAAGGUAGCAGCAGACACAUCAGACUGUUAUCUUAAUUUUCACAAGCUCCGUCUGCAUCUGCAAGGCGACAAAGAACCAAACUGGCUAAAGAAGCUCUUCACUGACUUCAUCACCUUCACUGUCAAGCUGGUCAUAAAGGGACAGAUUUGUAAGGAGAUCAACAAAGUGGCAAAUAUACUGGCUGACUUCAUACAAGACACAGCAGAGCAGUUCCUCAGUGAUGGAGACAUCAGUGUGGACAUUGGUGUAACUGCCGCUCCUGUCAUCACUGCUAACUACAUUGAAUCAUACCACAAGGGGCUGACCAACUACAAUAAUGCUUCCGCUGUCAUCAAUGACUCUGCUUUCCACCCCAGGCAGCUGACGGAAAACAUGAUGCUUUACUUUUGGGUCUCAGACCAGGUCUUCAACCCCAUGCUUACUGCUGCCCACCAAGAUGGUCGUUUCCAACUCUACAUCUCUGGAGCAGAGCUAACUGAACUUUUCAAGACAAAUCUCUCUAGUGCCAUGCCUGAAUUUAUUAGAAAGUGUUUACUGGAAUCAGGUUCUCCAGAGCUAAGAGUCUGGAGUUCAUCUGUUCCCUCCCUAAACACCUCCACCUUGGGUACAACUGUUUGGGGGAAGGCCUCUGGGCAGCUCCACUGUGGGAGUCAAGGCACACCAACACUCUCCUUUCAAACGGGUGUGGCCACGGACGUCACAGUUUCCUAUGCUGACAAGAAACUUUUCCUGCAUGGUAACCCGUCAGAGAUCUUUGUAUUGCAAGCUGAGCUGCCCUUACAACAUCAACCACUGCUAGAUGAGGCUCAACUGGAGUUCAUAAGAGAAGCUGUGGAGAAGAUAGGCAUUCCCAAGGUCCUGUCUGUUCUUGAGAUUGAGCUAACCAGGCUGUUGGACAAACAGGGGACUAACCUAUUUGACAUCAUUAACCCAGAGGUGCUUCCACGGGAUGGCUUUGUGGUGAUUCAGAUGGAUUUUGGUUUCCCUCAUCACCUCCUGGUUGAGUUCCUCACGAAAACACUACAGUAAAUGAGCACCCAUAAGCAAUUUGGGCCAGAUUUGGUGUUGCUUGCAAAGAAAUUGUACCUCUCAAAAUAAUUAUCAACAUGUUAAGCCAUAUAAAACAUCCUUCUGUUGCAUACUAGUAGCACGUUUUGAUUUUUGAGUUUUAUAUUUAUACUACUGUCAAUCGAUUAAAAAAUGUAAUCAAGUUCUGCUGGGUUUGAAAGAGGGCUGAGGGGGACAACAUGACAGCGUGCAUAGAAAAGCUGUUGUCAGAGGGUCUUGGUAUGGAUAUUAAUGAUGAGUUUGAAGUCGAAAGAGCACACCGCUCUCGUGGAUCCCGUCCGAAUGAGGGUCAGCCUCCCAGGCUGAUUAUGAUAAGAUUCCUGCGCUCGUCCGCAAGAGACAAAGUGCUUAAAGUUGCGAGAGAGAAAUGUGGAGCUGAGUGGAAUGGAUGCAAGCUUUCCCGCUUUCCCUUUUCCAGGACAUGACCAAGGAGCUAGCUGAGAGGAGGAAAACUUUCACUGCAGUAAAACAUCUGCUCCAUGACAAGAAUGUGAAGUUCAGACUUGCUCGAAGGGGAAGAACCGAAAGUUUGAAGAUGCGUUGGAAGCUGUCAAAUUCAUUCAGCAGCUCAUGUGACAGACUAAUGUCUAACUGACAGCUAAUCUACGUGGUGAGUUUGAGAGUGGGGUUGGAUAAUGCUUGUGUAGCUAUCUGGGGACUUAGUGGGCGAACCGGACAACCCACGGUCCUAGGCAGAUUUUUUUUUCCCUCAAUCCUGGAGUGAUUUAAUGUGAAAUGAGUCUCCAGUUAGUUGUUGGAGACUUUCUUCUUUGUGUUUUCUCCUCUAUUGUAGAGGGAAUGUUUAUGUUGACCAGUUUGGUCAUGUAUGCUCACUUAGUUCACUAAGUACUUUUAUAUCUCAAACAUAAACAAGCUGACAUAGCAUUCAUUCAAGAAUCACAGCUCAUGGAUGAGGAGGCUAAAUUUAAAAGAGACUGGGUUGGGCAGGUUUAUUAUAGCUCCUUCUCAAGCAAGAAAAACUGAGUUCUUAUAUUGGUACAUAAAAGGUUGAACUUUUCAGUGUUGAAGGAAUUGAAGGAUACUAACAGCAGAAUUAUUUGUCUUGAAGCCAUCAUAAAUGGCAUGGAACUAACACUAACAUCUAUGCGCCUAACAAAGGAGAUCCUUCUUUUUUUCAUGAGGUUAAUACUAUACUGGGAAAUUCACAAGGACAAAUCAUUUUAGCAGGAGAUUUCAAUCAAGUCUUAGAUGGGACUCUUGAUAAAAGUAGAUUUUUAGGAACCUCAACACCUAAGGAUAGAGGUUCCAUUAACAUGCUGAUUGAGGACAAUGGUCUGAUUAAUGUAUGGCAAUUGGUUAAUCAGAGUAAACGAGAAUACACAUUCUACUCACACUGCCACAAAUCACACUCAGUAAAAGACUUUGUUUCGAUCUCUCAGAGCCUGAUUAAUGCUGUUAUUGAUAGUAAUAUUAAUGCUAUUUCCCUGUCAGAUCAUGCACCUGUUGAACUUUGUGCAAAUAUUUACUCAGAUAAUCUUAGAUGGGGCAGAUGGAGAAUGAAUAUGUCUCUAUUGCAAUAGCAAUGGUUUGGGAGGCAUCUAAAGUCUACAUUAGAGGCAAACUUAUUGCACAAACCUCCAGAAGGAAAAAAGAGCAUAUUGAUAAAAUUCAGAAAUUGGAAGCAGAAUUGCGUGACCUGGAAAAAUAUUUGGCCAACCAUUAUUCUGAAAGCUUAUUUAAAAACAUUUGCAAAUGUAAAUUUCAAAUCAUGACAUUUUUAAUAAAAAAGCUUAAAAAAAAAAAAAA